CCGUCUUCGUUCUGCUUUUGUUGGUUCUGAGAGCGAGUCCACCCCAGCUGUUUUAAUAUCAGAGAAACAUCAUACAAAUCAGCCAUGACAACCACAGAGGGGACAUUCAAAGCGGGCGAUGCAAGCCUCUACACCAAGACGUGGACGCCGACGGGUCCUGUCAUCGCCAAGCUCAUCUUCGUCCACGGCUUCAGCGAGCACAUCAACCGCUACAACGACUUCUUCCCCAAGCUCGCCGAGCACGGCAUCCAGGUCUUCGCAUGGGACCAGCGCGGCUGGGGCCGCAGCGUGAAUCGGCCCGCGGAGAAGGGUCUCACCGGCCCAACCGCGCAGGUCGUCGCCGACAUCGUCGCCUUCAUCCAGGAGAAGCUGCCGUCGGACGUGCCGGUGUUUGUCAUGGGCCACUCCAUGGGCGGCGGCGAGGUCCUCACGCUGGCGGGCGAUGCGAAGCACUCGCAGCUGGUGGCUCAGAUCCGGGGCUGGAUCCUCGAGGCGCCCUUCAUCGGCUUCUCCAAGGGCGAGGAGCCCAGCGUGGUCAAGGUUGUUCUGGGGAGGCUGGUCGGGCGAUUGCUGCCGCGGCAUCAACUCAAGCAUGUGGUUCCGCCGGAGCACCUGAGUCGCGAUCCGGAAGUCGUCGAGUCCAUCAGGAACGACGAGCUGUGCCACAACACCGGCACGCUGGAGGGCCUGGCGUCGCUGCUGGAUCGUACAGCGUUGCUUUCAUCUGGGGGAGUGAAGCUGGGCGGUGAUGUGAAAUCCAUCUUACUGACUCACGGCACAAACGACAUGACUUGCAGUUACGAUGCGGCUGUCAAGUUUGUCAAUGAGCAGGCGGCCGUUGAGGACAGAGAGACCAAGUCGUAUGAAGGCGCAUACCACCAGCUUCACGCGGACCACUGCAAGGACGAGUACACAAAGGACGUUAUUGACUGGAUCCUGAAGCGAUCUAAAAUCGAACCGAAGCUGUAAGGGGGUUCACCAGCUUUGUUGUUUUGAGACUUGCAUAAUGGCGUUUUCCUCCCUUCCAUUUUCUUUUUUAGGAUAGUUGACCAACUUUGGCUGCUUACACUGAGAUGCAGCCAAGCUAUCCGUACAUGUAGUCUACCCCCUUACAUAUAAUAAUCUAACCUCUCGACGUAUUAAUGCAGCUUAUGUUACUG